AUUUUAAAAAGUAGAAUAUCAAACUUAUUUUGUAGAAAAUAGCAAAUAUUUAUAUUCCCGGGAAUAUAAAUUCGCGCCAAUAUUCAAGUCAACUUCCGGUGAAAAAAUAUAAAAAGCACAUGUUAAGCUAUGGCUGAACGACCUGAAGAUCUCAACCUACCCAAUGCAAUUAUAGCUAGAAUAGUCAAAGAAUCGUUACCAGAUGGAGUAGCAGUUUCUAAGGAUGCCAAGCUAGCCAUAUCUAAAGCUGCCAGUGUGUUUGUACUUUAUGCCACUUCUUGUGCUAAUAACUAUGCCAUGAAAGCAAAGAGAAAGACCUUAAAUGCUCAAGAUGUGAUCAGUGCCAUGGAUGAUAUGGAAUUCAGUCGACUAAUCCAGCCUAUGGAAGAAUGUCUGCAAGCUUACCGUAAAGAACAAAAGGGGAAGAAAGAAGCAGCUGAGAGUAGGAAGAAAGCACGAGAAGCUGAGGGUGGGGAGGACAAUGAUGAUGGUGAGGAUGAGAAAGAGGAGGAGGUGAAUGGUGAGGAGGACACUGCAAAUAAAGAUGGUUCAGGGGAUUAGUGUUCUUGAAUGGUAGGAUAACCACACAUGAAUCUAUUAUAUAGCCACUCAUGGUUUGGCUAUAUAGCCAGCCACUCAUGGAUUGGUUCAUAGCCAUAUAUGGAUUGUUGAAUUUAGAAGAUACAGAAAAAUACAUUAAGAUGUAUAACUAAACAUGGAUUAUAAGUAAAAUUCAAGUUCAGCAAAUCACACCAAUAAUUAUGGAUUGGAAUGGGACCCAUCAUAGUAUAAGGCUGGUUGACCUAAUAUGUCAUUAUUGUUACUUAUCUACAGUAUUUACUAAAAAAUAUAAGCUGGUCCAGAUCUAUGUGUCAUCCUGACUGGAAAAGAAAUUGAUAUGCCAAGCAAGUUCUUGUAUGUACAAUGUUGAAUGGAACAUCCAGCCUACUAUCUCAGGAUUUUAGUUCACUCAUAAUGAUGUUAAUGGUGUCAGCAUAUUAGGAAAAUACUCAACGUGCUGAAAGUAUGUUAAUUGAUAAAAAAGAGAAUCCAAGCAAUAAUUUGUUGUUAUUGCAAAUAGAUGGCAUUCAGUGGAAAGUUGUCUAAAUGUUAAAUCUAGGUGGUGGAGGUAUUUGUAAAAUAGAUGGCAGUAAAUAAGCUGUUUGAUAUAUCUACGGAGACCAAUUCAGUAUAUGUUAUGUAUGUCAAUUGU